AAAAACAAUAACAACAAGUACUAAUUUCUUAACUUUCUCUCUCCUCUUUUUUUCACUUUUUUUUUUCCCUUCUUCUCUCUCAUUCCAAUUUCCACCACCUCCUAAGCUGGGAAGGCUCCCCACCAUCUCCCCUACUCUCUUUCCUCCACUCCAUCACCACCUCCUCCCCCCUUUCCACCUUCUCUCCCACUUUCUCUGUCCUCCAAAAAAUAAUUCAGCUAGUUUCUCAAUUUUACAGCUACUAUUGUUUCUAGAUCUUCUUCGUCAACUACUUUGUCUGUCUAGAAUGGACCGCCGGAGUUGGCCGUGGAAGAAAAAGUCAUCCGAGAAGUCAGCUGCAGAGAAGGUUAUUGCUACCCUAGAUUCUGCAGGGUCCGUGCUAACUUCUGGUGGAUCUCAGGCAGAUAAAGCAGAUAAGGGACAGGAGAAACACAAGAAGUCAAAUUAUGUUCAAAUUUCCAUAGAGUCAUAUACUCAUUUGAGUGGAUUGGAAAAUCAAGUUAAGGCAUAUGAAGAGCAAGUAAAAGCAUAUGAAGAGCAAGUACAAGCAUAUGAAGAGCAAGCACAAACAUACGAAGAUCAAGUUAAAACAUUGGAGGAAGAAAUUAAUGAACUAAAUGAGAAUGUCUCGUCUGCUAAUUCAGAGAUAACUACCAAGGAAGAACUUGUCAAACAGCAUGCAAAGGUGGCUGAGGAAGCAGUGUCAGGUUGGGAGAAAGCUGAAGCAGAAGCGUUGUCUUUGAAAAAUCUUCUAGAGUCUGUGACUCUAGAAAAACUAACUGCAGAAGAUAGGGCUGCACACUUGGAUGGUGCUCUUAAAGAGUGCAUGAGGCAGAUAAGAAAUCUGAAGGAAGAGAAUGAACAUAAGCUCCAAGAACUUGCAUUAACAAAAAACAAGCAGUAUGACAGAAUGAAGCAUGACCUGGAAACAAAGAUUGCUAGCUUGGACCAAGAAAUAAUGAGGGCUGAAGCUGAGAGUGUUGCUCUUUCCAGGUCAUUGCAGGAGCGUUCUAACAUGCUUAUCAAAGUUAGUGAAGAAAAGUCACAGGCUGAGGCAGAUAUUGAGCUCUUGAAAAGCAAUGUUGAAUCCUGUGAGAGGGAAAUUAAUUCCUUGAAAUAUGAACUCCAUAUUGUUUCUAAGGAACUUGAAAUCCGUAAUGAGGAAAGGAAUAUGAGCGUCAAAUCAGCUGAUGCAGCCAAUAAGCAGCAGAUGGAAAGUGUGAAGAAAAUUGCCAAGCUAGAAGCAGAGUGCCAAAGAUUACGUGGUCUUGUGAGGAAGAAGCUGCCUGGUCCUGCUGCUUUGGCUCAAAUGAAGCUAGAAGUGGAAAGUCUAGGUAGAGAUCAUGGAGAAACUCGUCUGAGAAGGUCUCCUGCCAGGCCUGCUAGCCCGCAGUAUUCAUCAAAUCCCCAAAUGUCACACGUACCUGAAUUUUCCCUAGAUGGUUCCCAGAAAUUCCAGAAGGAGAAUGAGUAUCUCACUGAGCGUCUUUUGGCUAUGGAAGAAGAAACAAAGAUGCUGAAAGAAGCAUUGGCGAAACGUAACAGUGAACUGCAAACUUCUAGAAGCAUUUGUGCCAAGACUGCUAGCAAACUUCAAAACUUGGAAGCACAAGUACAAAUAUUCAACCAACAAAAGGGUUUCACAAAAGCUGAUAUCCAAGCUCAAGCUGACAGGUCUUCUACCCAGCACGCAAGCAAUCCUCCAAGUAUGAUGUCCUUCUCUGAAGAUGGAAAUGAUGAUGCAGUAAGUUGUGCUGAGUCAUGGGCAUCUGCAUUAAUAUCCGAGCUAUCUCAUAUAAAGGAUAACAACAGGGACAAAUCUAUGAAAAGUGAAAAUGGGAAACAUUUGGAGCUUAUGGAUGACUUUGAGGAAAUGGAAAAACUGGCUCGUUUAUCUGAUGACUCGAAUGGUUCCACAUCCGUUACUGACAGCCCAGCCAAUAAGGUUGUAACUUCAACCAGUUCAAUUCCUGAUGUUAAUGGGCACACUAAUUCCCCAUCCAAAUUGCCUGGGUCAGAUUCACCAGCUAAUUCUUCUGCAUCAGAUCCAAAACUUGAAACAGAAUCAUUGCCAUUGGUGAGCUUGCAAUCAAGAAUAUCUAAGGUAUUCGAAUCUGUCUCCAAUGAAUCUGAUGUUGUGAAAAUUCUGGAGGAUAUUAAGCAUAUUAUACAGGAGGUACAUGAUACCCUUAAUCCACACUCUAUUAAUUGCGUCUUUGAGGAGAAACACUGCUCAGAUGGUGCUGCAGAUCAGCAAGCUGUACCAGGGGUUGCUGUGGCUUCUGCAGAGAAGGAAAUUUGUUUGUCUGAAAAUGGUAAGCCAAAUGAAGUAAUUGAGAAAAUCAGUGAAGAAUUAGCUGCUGCAAUCUCUCAAAUUCACAAUUUUGUAUUGUUCCUGGGUAAGGAAUCUAGAGCAGUACAUGGUCUAUCUAAAGAUAAUGAUGCACUGGGCCUUAAAGUUGAGCAGUUCUCUGCCUCCUUCAACAGGGUAAUGUGCAAUGAAAUUAGCCUGGAUGAUUUUGUUUUUUCCCUUUCUGAUAUCAUGGUCAAAGCUAGUAAUUUUAACCUAAGUUUUUUGGGAUACAAAGGCAACGAAACAGAAGUAAACAGUCCUGAUUGUAUAGACAAAGUUGCAUUGCCUGAAAACAAGCCACCCCAAGGAGAGGGUUAUGCUAAUGGUUGUGGUCAUAUUUCCGAUACUUCUUCAAAUCCUGAGGUUCCUCAGGAUGCCUAUGUUAUGUCAGGAUUUGAGCCUGGGUCAUGUAAAUACUCCAUAGAGGAAGUUGAACAGCUAAAAGCCGAGAAAGACAGCAUGGAGAGGGAAUUUUACCAAUGCUCCCAAGAUCUGGAGGCGGCUAAAUCUGAGUUGCAGGAAAUGGAGCAACAACUAGCAGAAGUCAAAUCAGAGCUGGCAUCUUCUCAGAACAUGAACAGCUUGGCUGAAACACAGCUGAAAUGCAUGGCAGAGUCAUACAAGAUGCUUGAAAAACGAGCUGAAGAAUUACAGAGUGAAGUCAAUAUCUUGAAGACAAAAUUGGAAUCUUUGGAUAAUGAACUUGAGGCUGAGAAAGUGAGUCAUCAAGAUGCUUUAUUCAGAUGCAGAGAUCUAGAGGAACAACUACAAAGGAACGAAGGAUGCUCCGUGUGCUUGUCUUUAGCUGCUGAUGCAGAUGACAGAAACAAACAGGAGAAGGACCUGGCAGCUGCAGCAGAGAAGCUAGCAGAGUGCCAAGAAACCAUAUUUCUUCUUGGCAAGCAGCUGAAAACCUUGCGUCCUCAGCCAGAAUUCAUGGGUUCACCCGUAAGUGAUAGGAGUCAAAGAGGUGAAGGCCUUGAUGAAGAAGAAACAACUACAAGUGGGAUGAACAUGCAGGAUCUGGAUCACGUUGAGAUGGAUACUGCUACUUCCACUAAUUUGCAAAGGCUAGGUUCUGGUUCGCCUUCGGAUUUCUACAAUGCACCAUUUAGCACAUCAGACACUGAGGGAAAUAUCCUUAAAUCACCUGUUUCGAUAAAUGCAAAACACAGAACUACAAAGUCAGGAUCCUCUACAUCCUCCACUCCCACGCCGGAGAAGAACUCGCGUGGCUUUAGCAGGUUCUUUUCAUCAAAGGGGAAGAUUGGCUACUAACCAUCGAACUUACUGGUGUAAGGAUAAACAGACAGGAAAGAAACCAUCAUUGCCAUAUAUAUUUGGUGGUAUUCGGGGUCAUAAAUACUCAUUUUACUCAUAAUAGUUUCCCUAAAUCAUGUGUUGAAAUUCGGGUUAACUGUUUGAGCCUUAAGGUCAAAUUCUUACUUGUUUUCCAAAUGUCAAAUAGGGUUUAGAAAUCAUACAUGUGAAGGUUGCCUUGCUGUUAGUUCUUUCGAUUUAAUAGGAUGAUAUUGAUGUUAAAUUUUGUAUGAAAUAUGGCUGUAUAUGAUGUUAACAACCUUGAAAGUUUUCAGCUAUGUAUGCUCUCCCUCCCAUCUGAA